CCACCCAUUUCUUUCUCAGAAGCAAAGAGAACAGGAUGAUGAGCCAUUGAGGAGUAGAAGUUCUUCAAGGCUGGUUGGUGGGUUUUUUUCUACAGUGUCUGACCCUUUGAGAAGAACUGAGGAAAAUUAUCAAGAAGAUUGUUUGCCUUUCAUCCUAGAUGACGACUCUGGUGGCCCCGAGGGGAGUCCAUCCUUUUCAAGAAAAAAGUCCUCAAUAAAGUCCACCUAUGGAUUUGAUCUAAAUUCUAAAUUAGAUAAAGCAGAAUCAACAUCUCCUAUCUCUAAUAACAUAAAUUCUAAUUCUGGAUUUCGUACUAUGACACAAAGAUCUCAAAACACUAAUAGGAGAUUGGACAACCGUAACAUUUCAAGAAAUCUCACUGAUCCUCUAGAAUCUCCAGAACAGAUGUUCGCAAAUCCUUAUCCAAAAGUUACGGAUUCCCUGGAGAAUAUUGAUCAAGAAUAUGUUCUGGUGCCAGGGCCCCCUAUAGAUGUUUCAUCUUCUUCGGUGGGUGCUUCCAGGCCCAGCCAUACCCCAUAUAGGUCUGGUAGUUUACCUCAAGAGUCUUCUAGUACAAUCACCAGACCAAGUGCUCCAAUGCCAAUAGUUGGUGCCAAUACAAAUAGCAUGUACCAAGUUGGAAGUUCAGGAAGUCAGGACUCUGCCCCUGGGACUUCGCUUGGAUCGAUGGAUAUAGGUGAUGAACAGCCAUCAGCUCACUGCAUGACCCGGGUAAAAUCAUUGCAACAGUGUGCAUCUGCCAUCACCGAGUUAGUUAAUGAAAAGGUAAAUGUUGCUGAAAGUUUGCUCACAACUGUGAUCUUAUAUGAUGUAGCCUGGCUCUAAGUUUUCUUGUAAACCAUUAAUAUUGUCCCCAAACUAUUACACUCUCUCUCGUACCAAGUGGUCCCGUAAAAUAAUAAAAUUGUUUAAGUAAUAUC